AUGAAAAGCCUUGCGAAAGGCGGCCGUCGUGGGAGCGCAUCCACCGCUGCCGCAACUCCGGCGUAUCCGGCCCUGAGCUCCCCUGCCUACUCCGGCCCCGCCUCGACCUCCUCUCGCAAGUCGGCCGCCAAGAACGCCGCCCACUCGGUGGCGAACUUUCUGGUGUCUUGCUUUACGCCGCCUGAGCCGGAGAAAAGCUCGAACGAUGUUUUCACGAGCGAUUCAUCUGCUUCAAAUUCUGGAAGUGGAAAGAGACACAUCUCAAAUCAUGGCAUCUACAGUAGUCCAAACAAGUCAACUCACACCAGAGAGCCCGGGACUUUCAAAUUCACCAUGGAUGAAAUCCGCAAGGCGACAAGAAAUUUUUCGCCGAGCUUAAAAAUUGGACAGGGUGGAUAUGGAACGGUCUACAAAGGCCAGUUGGGUGAUGGAAGUCUAGUUGCAGUUAAACGUGCUAAGAAGAUUGUGUAUGAUAAGCAGUUAGGGGCCCAGUUUCAGAGCGAGGUCCGGACUCUAUUGCAAGUCGAGCAUCUGAAUCUGGUAAAACUUUACGGGUAUUUGGAGCAUGAAGAUGAAAAGAUUCUUAUCGUUGAGUAUGUUCCGAAUGGAACCCUUAGAGAGCACUUGGAUUGUGUGAACCGUAAUGUUCUUGACUUAGCUUCACGGCUAGACAUUGCAAUUGAUGUGGCGCAUGCAAUCACGUAUUUACAUAUGUACACAGACAAUCCGAUAAUCCACAGAGACAUUAAAUCUUCUAACAUCCUUCUCACUGAAAACCUACGGGCCAAAGUGACAGACUUCGGCUUUGCCAGGCUGGCAGCAGACGCGGAGUCCGGUGAGACACAUGUCUCGACCCAAGUCAAAGGGACUGCCGGUUACUUAGACCCAGAGUACCUCAAAACUUAUCAGCUCACGGACAAGAGUGAUGUCUACUCGUUCGGUGUUUUGCUUGUUGAGCUUAUCACGGGCCGAAGGCCCAUUGAGCCGAAACGUGAGCUCAAGGAGCGAAUCACGACUAAAUGGGCUAUGAAGAAGUUCAUAAGUGGCGAAGCAGUUUUAGCUUUGGAUCCAAGGCUGGUGAGGUCCCUUGCAAAUACCUUUGGAAUAGAAAAGAUUUUCGAAUUAUCUUUGCAGUGUUUGGCUCCGCACCGGAAGAAUAGACCAUCGAUGAGGAAAUGUGCAGAGAUUCUUUGGGGAAUCAGGAAAGAUUACAAAGAACUGUGUUGA